UGAUAGAGCAGACUCGUGGUAUCUAUGUCAAGAAGAGAUCGUAGAAGCCGAAGUUCGAGCCGGAGACGAGAUUCCAGUCGCAGACGGAGUCGCAGUCGUUCUGAGAGUCGCCGAUCGUAUCAUCGAUCGAGCCGUUCCAGAAGAGAACGAGAUUCUCAUCGUAGUUCUCGCAGAAGAAGCCGAUCACCAUCCUAUAGCAGUUACAGCAGUUCGCGAUCCCGUUCGCCGAGCCGUUCAUCCAGCUACUCCUAUUCUUACAGUUCUCGUUCCCCAAGCCGAUCCCGCUCUCCCGAGCAUUCCCGAUCGCGUGCUACCCCAAAAGAGAAACAAGAUUUCAAAUCCAAAUUCAAAGUGGAGGAAUCGAAUGGCGAGAUCUCCAUGUCCGUCGAGGAAACCAACAAGCUGCGUGCCAGUCUGGGCCUUCCCCCAUUAGAAGUGGAUAGCCCCGCUCCGAAGCCCUCUCAGCAAGGCGACGAGAUCUCCUUAUCGGUGGAAGAGACCAACAAAUUGCGCGCGAAACUCGGUUUGCCGCCACUCGAAGAAACCGCCGCGCCUGCAGACUCCCAAGCCACAGCCGAAGGGACCGUCGACGCGGAGGGCUACGUGGUCAUCGACAUGGAGAAACGCCGUCGCGAAGAAGAAAUCCGCGCCAAAUUGGAGCAGAGCCGACAACGUCGCGAGCGUGAAUCGCUGGCCCAUUUGCAAGGGAAAGGGUUAGGGGACAUAUUAUCGAAAGAGUACCAAAACAUGUCCCUAAAUGAUUGGGUACCCUUUAUAAAACAAGAGAAAAUUGACCGUGUAGUUGGCGCAGAGCGAGGCGAAGCAGGACGAAGCGAUGGAGGCGCUGGACCACGAAGCGGAGGACGCGGAGGCGAAGAAAUUGGCGGCAACGAAGGAGGUGGAAAGAGCGUUGGCGGGAAUGAAAGUCGGUCACGCGAAGACGGAUUUCGCGGAGGGAGAUACGGUUCUGACGCUGCGAGUAGGGGGAAACGGGGAAACUCGAGGGUAGGAUGCGCCGCUGUUCGACGCACAGGGCAAUCCCGCGGAAGUGGAGGACGUGCUGGAGAGCGUGGAGCUGGUAACCGCGGAAAAACAGAAGGAACUGAACCGGCUGCGCGAGCGAGCGAAACUCCCGAUGUAGGGAAACCGGGGAACUGGGACGUAGAUACACGGGCUACGACGACGACGAGUUCGAUCCCGGCUUCACGCCCGACGACCGAAUCCUUCCGCAGUACGACGAGGUCAGAACCGCGGUUUUCUUCCAUGUAG